ACAGAUUGCAUCAUAUCCUGACACCUAGUUAUAGACUUCUUAAAUGACGGGAACUUCUGCCGCAACGUUGGAAUCUUCGACCCCUAUCCUUUUUCAGUGAGAAAAGCUUAGCGCCUCCUCGCGGUUGUACCUCAUCUCCAUCGUGAGUUCAUGAUACCGCGACUGCAAUCCGAGUUCCUGUCUCUGGUGCCCAACGUGGCACUACUGGUAUCUGUCCGAUGCUGUGUAACCGCACGCAACGAGAUGGAACCGUUUCUUUUCCGCCCUGGGUGCUCUGAUUACAUCAUCCUGGUGCGGCACAUGCAGGAGAUGCAGGAUCGGGGAUUAGCGUACCAUGCAGGUACCGUGGCGGCGCAGCUCCCAGCUGCUGCAGGUGACGCCUGGUCAAUGACGGGGCCUGACAUCGAAGCCUUGGAUCUGUACAGUCAGUUCGUUCGAAUGCCACCGAGAGCUUGGUGCCAAAUGAGUUGGUAGAAGGUUGCGCAAACGCGAGUGCACCUCCAGGGAUCUGUC